AAGGCUGAAAGACGACCACCACUGAACAAGAAACACAAGCUGAAACGUCAAGACUGGGCCAAGAAAUAUCUCAAGACUGAUUUUUCUAAGGUUUUAUGGACUGAUGAAAUGAGAGUGAGUCUUGAUGGGCCAGAUGGAUGGGCCCGUGGCUGGAUUGGUAAAGGGCAGAGAGCUCCAGUCCGACUCAGACGCCAGCAAGUUUAUAAUGCUUGGACUCUCAGAUUUCCAAGAGCAACAAAUCCUGCUAUUUGUCUCAUUUUUUGUCAUGUAUUUUUUAAAUGUGUUGGGUAAUAUGACAAUAAUUUUACUCGUAAGGUUUGACAACAAUCUACACACACCUAUGUAUUUUUUCUUAGGAAACCUGUCAUUUGUUGAUAUGUGUUACACGUCCGCUAUUGUACCAAAAAUGCUAGCUAACAUUGUCUCAGAAAAAAAAACUAUUUCUCUUGUAGAUUGUAUUUUGCAGUUAUAUUUUUUUCUGUGUUUUGCCUGCACAGAAUGUUUUAUUCUGGCAGUAAUGGCCUAUGAUCGAUAUGUUGCAAUUUGUAACCCGCUGCAUUACACUGUGAUCAUCAGCACAAGAGUAUGUGUCAUCCUUGUUAUAAGUUCUUGGUUGACGGCUUCACUACAUUCCCUGUUGCACAGUUUGAUGGCAUCAAGGCUGAUAUUUUGUGGGAACAAUAAAAUACAACACUUUUUCUGUGACAUGGCUCCCCUUUUGAGGUUGGCUUGUUCUGACACCAGUCUAAACAAACUCUUGAUAUACACAGAGGGCGGAUUACCUGUUUUAAUUCCAUUUACAAUUGUGUUAAUUUCCUAUGUUCGUAUUAUUUCCGCCAUUCUUCGGGUCAGCUCAACUGAUGGAAGAUCCAAAGCCUUCUCCACUUGUACCUCUCAUCUUAUAGUGGUCAUUUUAUUUUACGGGACUAUUGCUUUUAUGUACAUGCGACCAUCAUCCAGCUUUUCUCUGAACUACGACAGAAUUGUGAGUGUUGUAUAUACUGUUGUAGCACCUAUGUUAAAUCCCUUUAUUUAUAGUUUAAGAAAUAAGGAUGUAAAAGGAUCAAUGAAAAAACUCUUUAUCAAGAGAAAAUAA